GAAUACUACAUCAAAAAUUGCUCUUUCUGCUUGCUUUUUUUCCCUUCUUUUUUUAAAAAAAAAGCCUCCAGUCAAGUUCUGAUUGGAAUGAGAUUUCUCGCAUCCAAAUAAAAAACUGAUUGAUGAGCUCUUUAUGGAUAAGUGAAUAUAUUUCACUUAUCCUGAUCUUAAUUACACGCAGUUUUUUUUUGCGUAAGAAAAAAUUGCAGGCAGUGAGAAAAGCUCCUUGAUUUUCAGCAGAUUUUUGUGGAUCUUUAGUGAUACAAGAAAACUUUUUUGUGUUUCGAAACUUGCAAUAUUUUUUUUUAUUUUUGUUCUGAUCAUCAAAAUUUUGCUCGUUUUUCGUUUAUUGUAUUAUGCGAACAUUCUCCGUUUUUAAAAUAUAUAAUCAGCUAAGUUUUUCAUUAAAGUUAAUUAUCUUUAAAUUGUCUUGAUCUGUGGCAGAGAAUAAUUGUCAAGUAUUGGAUCUUCCAGGCAUCGGCCUGCGAGAAAUUAAAAAAAGAAUAUCUCAGAACGAGACCAACUUGAAAGAUACUGAAUGGAGAAAACAGAACAAGCCUCUUAUGAAGCUGAAAAUACACAUGUAGAUGAGGUAGAAAACAAAAGAACUGUUUUAAAAUGGAUUUUCUCCCAUAUCCUAGAUGUUAUGUUUUAUGUGGGAAUGUGUUAUCAUUUAUUUAUUUGUCCAUAUACAAAAGUAGAAGAGAGCUUCAACAUGCAAGCCAUACAUGAUCUUCUAUAUCAUGGCCCUGAUAUUUCAAAGUAUGAUCAUUUAGAAUUUCCUGGUGUUGUACCACGUACAUUUUUGGGACCAAUUGUUGUUGCCAUGUUGUCAUCUCCAGUGUUGUUUCUUGUUAAUAUUAUAGGACUAAACAAAUUUUUCAUGCAGUAUGUUGUUCGCUUAGUAUUGGGAUCCUUAGUGUUUAUAGCUUUUCAAAAGUUUAAAAGUUCUGUUAAACAUCAAUUUGGCUCUGUUGUUUCUUCUUGGCUGCUGAUUAUUACUUUAUCACAAUUUCAUUUUCUGUUUUACAUGACUCGACCAUUGCCCAAUACAUUUGCAUUGAUAUUAG